GUUUUAAUGACGUGCGCACCAUAUGGCGCGUGCCGGCGGGAGGGUGGGGCCACGAUAUGCUAAUUACCCCCCUAGCCCUUGUAUGUGUGUGUGUUUGUGUGUGUAUGUGUGUGAGAUGCUGAGUAUAAAAGCAGCAGCAUCCUACACACACACCUCAAAAGUCUCAGAGUGGAUCCCACACAGUCACGCACGAACACGCACAAAGAGCACGCGGGGAUGUGUGCGAUCUGAGGACAUCAGCUUUUACACAUCAGAGAAUCAGCAUCAUGACCAGGUCUUUGCGGGAGGAGCAGGAGUCUGUGGACUCUGAGGAGCAGCAGGAGCUUCACAGCCCAACAGAAGGAGAAAACGAGGGGGAGGGUGGAGUAAUGGAGGAGGAGGAAGAAGAGGACGAUGACCAACUCCAGCAAAUGGAGGAUGAAGAGGAGGAAGACGAGGAGGAGGAAGAUGAGGAGGAUGGCGAGAACAAGCCCAAGAGACGAGGGCCAAAGAAGAAGAAGAUGACGAAAGCUCGUAUCCAGAGGUUUAAAGUCCGUCGGAUGAAAGCUAACGCCAGAGAGAGGAACCGUAUGCACGGUCUGAACGAUGCUCUGGAGAGUCUGCGGAAAGUCGUCCCUUGUUACUCCAAAACCCAGAAACUUUCCAAGAUCGAGACCCUCCGCCUCGCCAAGAACUACAUCUGGGCCCUGAGUGAGGUCUUGCGCUCCGGAAAGGCACCAGACCUUAUGAGCUUUGUCCAGGCGCUCUGCAAAGGUCUGUCUCAGCCGACCACUAACCUGGUUGCAGGCUGCCUGCAGCUGAACCCUCGGACUUUCCUUCCCGAGCAGACGCCUGACAUGCCAGCUCACCUUCCUCCUGCCGGCACCGUCCCCUAUCCCGGACACUACUCCUACCAGAGCCCUGGGCUGACGGCUGGCCUGCCCAGCCCACCUUAUGGCACCAUGGAUCCCUCCCACAUCUUCCACCAGGUCAAAGGUCAGCCCUAUGGCCCGCUGGAGCCCUUCUUUGAUGGCGUCCUGGUGUCGGACGGCCCAUCGUUUGACCCACCCCUCAGCCCGCCACUCAGCAUCAACGGGAACUUCUCGUCCUUCAAGCAUGAAGGUGUCACGGCCCCCGAAUACGACAAGAGUUUCUCCUUCAGUGUUCAUUAUGGAGCAGGAGGAGGAACAGGGGGGCAUCCGGCCAUCUAUGGAGGAGGUGGGCCCAACCCGCGGUGCUCGGAACUGCAGGUGGACGGGCUGAUGGGCUUUGAUGGACACUCACACCACGAGCGGAUGAUGAACGCCCAGCUGAACGCCAUCUUCCACGAAUCCUGAGGAAGAGGAGGAUGAAGGACUGAAGGCUGAUGGAGGCAGAGAGACGAACAGAGAGACUGUUAUAGAGAGGGACAAACAGAUCUGUGUAUUUCUAUCACUUCAUACCUGUCUUUCUCUCCGUCUUCUUUCUUUUUCUUCUUUCUGUCUUCAUCAGGCUCAUAACUCCUCCUCAGUUUGUUCAUAAAACGAUGACGUCGUCAUGAUGUCGCGUUGAUGAUGUAACCUUCUUUGUAGCGCUUCAUACUGCAGGAGACGCUCUCUGAAUGUCUCUUUAUUAUCCAUAUUGUCACUUAAGAAUAAUCAAUAAUCAAUGAGCAAUAAUCUGGAGGAAACUAUGCAAUUUCUUUAAAGCCUGAGCGAAGCUCGACUGAUGAUUCCAAAUGUUGAAAGAGUAAAGAUGUCUCUAUUUUUGGUCAGUGUGUGAGGAGGUGUGGAGCCGGCGUUGGGCCGAAGUGUUCAUGUUGUUCAUGUGGUUUUUACUUUUUGCUUUUUAUAACGUUCCUGUAGCGUUCUGUUAACAUUUCAUGUGACUCUUGUUUAUAUUUUAUAACAUAGAUGUUUAUGAAGGCCUUUCAUUAAAGGGAAUUCAAUGUG